AUGUGCCCCGCUGGCUGUUCGCAGGUGACCGAGUUGGUGCUCGACAACUGCCGCUCCAGCAACGGGGAGAUCGAAGGGCUCAAUGACUCCUUCAAGGAACUGCAGUUCCUCAGCAUGGCCAACGUUGAGCUGACAUCACUGGCCAAGCUCCCCACGUUGAGUAAGCUCCGCAAGCUGGAGUUGAGUGACAAUGUCAUUUCUGGAGGCCUGGAGGUCCUUGCAGAGAGAUGUCCUAAUCUCACAUAUCUAAAUCUAAGUGGCAACAAAAUCAAAGAUCUUGGCACUGUGGAAGCUCUUCAAAAUCUGAAGAACUUGAAGAGCCUUGACCUGUUCAACUGUGAGAUUACAAACCUUGAGGACUACAGGGACAGCAUCUUUGAGCUGCUUCAGCAGAUCACGUACCUGGAUGGCUUCGAUCAGGAGGACAAUGAGGCACCAGACUCAGAAGAUGAUGAUGAUGAAGCAGAUGAAGAUGACGAUGAUGAUGAGAAUGAAGCUGGGCCUCCAGGAGAAUAUGAAGAGGAAGAUGAUGAAGAUGAUGGAGCUUCAGAUUUGGGGGAAGGUGAAGAGGAGGAGGAAGUUGGUCUUUCAUAUCUAAUGAAAGAAGAAAUUCAGGAUGAAGAGGAUGAUGAUGACUAURUUGAAGGAGGUGAUGAGGAAGAAGAAGCAGAGGGUGUCCGAGGGGAGAAGAGGAAACGAGAGCCUGAGGACGARGGCGAGGAAGAGGAGGAUUAAUUUGCAGGACCAGACUCUCCAGUUAUGGAAGACGCAAUAGUGAUUAUGCAGCUCUGUAUGUCUAUGUACCAUAGAUGUCCCGACAGAAAUCCUAUGUUAACUUUUUAUAGCAGAAGUGUGGUUUUACUAUUCCUGCCCCUUUUAUCAUUCCAGAUAAGCUCUGAUAGUCCAUAGGGAUCCUUCUGUAGAGAACAAUUUUCAACCCUAUAAUCACUGAAGCCAUUGGCAAAUUCCCCCCACCAGACUUUUCUUUGGAGCUCUUUAAUUUCGUACAAUCUUGCUGUGCUGGUCRUUGUUAGCCCUGAGUCCAACCCCCUGUCCCAUGGGUUUAAUAUUGGGAGUUUCCUUCAGAACUUGAAAGCUUUUACAUUUAAAUUGAAAAAUGCUCUGCAGCAAAUUCCACAUUCUGUUAAGUCAGUUAACUCUAGGCCAAGUUUUCCAGGGAUUUGACUGGAAGCCCCCAACUAGAUGACACCAAUAYUUCAGUUUUUUAAAAGGUGACUCCUGUGAUUUUUUUUUAAGGAUUUAUUUUGGGUGUUAUGGGGUAAAGCCUCAGCCUUCAGAAGAUGUUUUUGUUUUCCUGCUUGCGCUGAUGUUCAGUGUUUGGAGUAUUCACUAGAUUCCUUCAGGGGUGUAUUUUGGCAAACUGAAAGAGUUGUGAUCCUUAMAGGGUUGCAAUCCUUAAAUUUCCUCUCAAAUCCAUUGUCACUGCAGAUAUUAACAAAGCAAUUAAUAUAUAAACAAAGAUUUUUGCYAGAAAUCUUUGUUAAACCUUCACUCACUUCGCUCUUGCAUUGUCAUUCUGGGAAUUCUGCACCAGUUGUAGCUAUAAAAUGUAUAAAAUAGAUGAAAUACGCAUGUCUUAUGCAGAACUGAACGGGUAACUCCUCCAAGGGUGUUGUUUUCCAACCCCCCAGCUUUUCUAGAACUGUUGAAGGGAAGGAUGAACCCAAGKUGUCCCUUCUCCGCACGUCACCUUAAACUGUUUCAAUCUGGCUGUAGGCAAAACGCUCUCUUUGUGCAUAACAGUUGGGAAUAUUCUGGGUUUUAUAUUGAGUGGCUGCAGAUGUGUCAGGAGCAAGUGUGGGGGACAUGCAGAGAAGCUUUUUUCUACCAGCCUUUAUAAUUCCUAAUCUGCCCCAAUGUUGGAAACAAAUUUUGACUUCCAGCAUUCCUUCUUCAGUCGUGAUCCGGGUUUCACACCGUGUAGUCAUUGGUAUCACACUGACUGACAUUGUCUCACAUAGGUCCUGAACCAAAUAUCACACACAGCUUUAUUCCAGAGACUUAUUUUUGUAUCUGUCCUGGCUGUCAACAGCUGCCAGAAACUGGGGAGAGCCUGYGGGUGGAAAGAGGGAGAUUCCUGGGCCUGAGCGAGUCAGUCCCUCRUCACCUGGUUCCCUGUGGAUGUUCCUUAGGAGUUUCACACACUAGUUCAAUGUGACCUCCAGCUCUAGAGUGGAGUUUAGAUCAUGCAGGGCUGAAGUUGUGCAAAGCCCCACUCCCUGUGUGUGGUUCUUUCCCCCAGCUAGAGCCUUAACUCUGGGUUUCUCCUGUAGCUGUGUAGCGGGGCCUGCCCUUCCUGGCCUCGGAGCRGAGUCAGCUGGGCAGUGGCAAAUUGGGAACAACUGACUCCUUGGGCUUUGUGCUUUUUAAGGAAUAUCUCUAAAGACACUAGAAAAGUCGUGGUGAAACUUCCUUUGCAGCCACAAGCAAGUCSUUUGUUUGUGAUGAGUCCUGGGUGGGUCAGUGCAUGUCUGUCAUGUCCUGGAGGUUCUGGGCGGGGCACUCACUCAGCUCAGCUUUGAGAGAAAGUGUUUUCCCAUCCUUUUGCUUAUUGUUUUUAGAUUGAAACCUGUUAUUUAUAAGUGUGUAUGUUAGAGCACCUUCAUGUCAGGGUUUUACUUAAGUGUCUGUUAUUGAUGCAGAUAAAAUUAGUUUUAAAUGGAAAAAGAGAGUCUAUUUUGAUGGAUUAARAUGAUGUGGGUAGUGGGCUUGUUUGGAUGAGUCCAGUGCCUGAGAGCAGAGCGAGUGAGCUCCGAGGGUGACAGUCCUUCCCUAGGCCAGACUUGUGGAACCGGAGUCCCUCACAACCCAACUCCCCGAGAAUCUGUUUGUGUCACCAUAGCUGCUCCUGUGUCCUCCGCUCGGCAUGCAGCAACAGCGUUUUUUAAUGAGGAAUUCAGAGCCUCCAGAUAACUUUUGAAACUUUUUUGCUUGGUGGGUGGUCUUUUCAUGCAAAUACGUCAGGGUGGGUUUUAUAUUUUGUAGAGGUUUUGUCCUAUUUUAAUGCUCUUUGUAUGGCAGUCUGUAUAUAGUGUGGUUCGGUUCCUUCUCCGACUCUUUCCUGAAACUUUGGAGUAACUGAUUUUGUGCAACUGUGUUUUGAAUAAAGCCAUGACAGUGUUAAAUUAAAGACAACAGCCCUGCAGCACUCUUCUGAUAACUUUUAGUUGUAACAAAACAUGUUUCCUCCCCACGUGUGCUGUAAAUUUUAAAUUAAAAAGUUUUCAAACCGAAUUAUUUCAAAUACAUUUA